GUCAUUGAACAUGGGCUCCGACGCAGGUUGGAAAUAGAGGGGCCAAGCGAAAGUGUAAGAAUCAUAAAAAUGGUCCCCCCUUCGUCGGAGGCCCUGUUGAAACAUUUAACUUAAUCAAUCUUCUUAUCCUCUUUAUCUAAAAGUUAAAGACCUAAUUUUAAAAAUGGGCAUUCCCAUCAUUGUCCAGUGACCUGAAGGGUGUGGCACCAAAAUCCCAUUAUUUUUAUCAAACACCAAUUCUUCUCGCUUAAAUCCGCCCCUGAUUCUCAGAGCUUUGUUUUUGUUGCGGGUCACACCUUUGCAUUUUCCAAAGGCAUAAAGGCGAUGAGACUUGACAAAGCGAUAAAAGAAAAGUUUUAGUGUAACGAGAAUUGCGCAUUGUUGUGGAUUUAUUUGAUGGCGUUCGUUCACUAAUAAAAUAAAACCAUCCAUCGAUUAACGUUUCAUUUCCAAACCCAGUGAGUCUUAUUUUAUGUGCAGAGAAUACGGAGCUAGUAAGAGAGACAGUAUGUUGUCUGUAUCAGAACUGAACUCUGAACUGAACUGAGCUAAAAUUACUUACAAAUUAACAUACUUAUGAAUAUUCAUUUCUUGUACAAAGUCGUUAUUUUAUUUUAUCAAAUUUUGACGCAGAUGAUGCCUAUGCUGCGGUGUGAGUGAGAAUGCAAUGGAAUGAAUGAAAGGGGAAAAAAUAACAAAAACAGGCCUGAGUAGAGUCACUACAGAGUGAAGUUAGAGGUCUUGAACUUUCCGAUUUGCAAACACUUUCUAGAAUGCUUUGAUUUUUUUUUUUGUAUAAAAUGAGAACUCUUUUAUCAAAUAAUUUUGUUUUUUUUUCAUUUUUUAAAGCAAAUUUUAUAAGGAAAUGCCUUUUGAGAGGCCUGGAAAAUUGACAACUUAGCUAUGACAGCCUCUUUCAAAUACCCGACAAAAAUACACAGCACUUGAAUAAGGCAAGCUCAAAAUGGCGCACGGUGUACUGACGAAGGACUUGUUAGAAGAUGGUAAAAGAGGAUGGGAGAGCUUAAACAUAGAAUAUUGUUAUUGGGUUCCUCAAGCUGAUAUUGAAGGUCGAGUUCCUGAGGAACUCCAUGGUACUUUCUUUCGAAAUGGACCCGGACUGAGUGAAGUUUACGGAAAGAAACUCAAACAUCCCAUUGAUGGUGAUGGUAUGGUUUGCUCCUUGACAUUUAUUGAUGGUCAAGUGCAUUUCCAAUCAAAGUAUGUUUUAUCAAAGCAUAGACUGGAGGAGAAUGCAAAGAAAAAGUUUUUGUAUGCAGGACAAAUGGGAACUAGAAAUAAAAGACUUGUUGGUGACAGUUUGAAGGCUCUGUCUUCCAUGGUUACUGGAAAGAGUUUGAAUUUACAGCUUCGUAAUCCAUCAAAUACCAAUGUUUUUUACUGGGGUGGAAAGCUUCUGUCUCUUUAUGAAACAUCACUGCCGUACUGCCUUGACCCACGCAAUUUAGAAACACUUGGACUAGACAACUUGAAUGGAAAUCUGUCUCUUGGAUGCCUUGGUGCACAUUUCAAAAUUGACGCAGUUAAUAAGCGUCUUGUAUGCUUCAGCCAACGCCCUGGAUUUCGACGAUCACCAUGCCUGGAUGUUUUCGAGUUCAACGAGGACUGGUCGUUGCACCAAAAACAAAGACGCUUAAUAGAAGGACUAAAUUACAUGCACGACUUUGCUCUUUUGCCCGAGUACUACAUUGUCCAUAUCACUCCGUUUGUCAAGGUAACUACAUGGCUGUCGCUCAAAAUUGCAGCAGGAUGGACUUCACCUGGGGAAGCGAUGGAACACCAUAAAGAUCUUCCUUCAAAAUUCGUCAUUAUUCCACGAGAUCCAGCAAAAAGUGAUCAGAUUGUAACAGUUGAUACCGGAACAUUUCAUAUUUUUCAUUUUGGAACAGCCGAGCAAGAAGGCCAUUUAUUGAAAUUUACAGCUCCAUGUUUGGGUCCAAAAUUCAAUAUGGACUUUGAUAGCGAGGUGUGGCUAAGCAAUACCAGUGUUGCACCUGGGAAAGUCACAAAUUUUGUCAUAGAUUUAAACAGCAAGACAUGUAAACAUGAAAUCAAAGAUGAUGCUUCUGUUGAGUUUCCAACAAGCCAUCCAUACAGGCAAGGACUGUCAGGAACACGGUACAAUUAUCUAAUGGCAAAUGAUCGACCAGGGGAGAAUAUCCCAUACAGAGAUGUCAUCAAGUUCGAUGCCCUUGGCGAGAUUAGGCAAGUUUGGUAUUCAGAAGGCAUAAUUGGCGAGCCGACGUUCGUUCCCCGAUUUGGAUACAACGGUCGUGAUCAUGGUGACGAAGAUGAUGGUUAUGUCUUGGUGCAGCUCUACCAUCCUGGUAAGCAUCUGACCAGUUUCUGUGUGCUGGAUGCCAAGAAUGUCCACAAGGGUUGUAUUGCAAAAAUCAAUUUGAAGCACCAUGUUCCGUAUGGUUUCCACGGUACUUUCUCACCCGAGGUAUUUGUUACCCCAGCCAUGCCUAUCUUGAAAUCAAAGUUGUGAUUUAACCUUUUUGUCGAAAAUAAUAUGUGCGCGCCGUUUGAUCAAGCGAAAUUAAGCUGUAGAAAUGUUAGAGUGCCGUGUUCAUCGAGUGUUGAUUUGUUCAAGUAUGAAUUGUUAAUCAUUUUAUUUUAAUCACUACUUGUGUAGACAGACGUUUUUCAUUGUCAGCAACUUUACUUUCUCAGAUUUAGAUUUCCAUGUUGUUUGUACUUCUUUGAAAAACCACUAAUCAGCCAUAUUUUUGGAAGCUUUUUCUAUCUAAAAGCGACCUGCAGUGCAAUUAUUGUAAUUUACUGGAAGCUCAGCCGAAAUAAUGUAAUGAAACUUCAAGCAAGAUGAUUAUACUCAAUAGCCUAAGCUCGAUAACAUAGUUUAAUUUAUGCAAGUUAUCGUUAUAUAUCGUCAGUCAAAAGUGACUGUGGCACCGUUUUACACUAUUUAAUUGCACUGUAAGGCAAUAAGCUUACCAUAUCAAUGUUCAACUUUUUUUGACCUUCACAUCUCAGUGACAAAAUACAUAGAAUUUGAGGACAUCUUUCCAUUUCUCAUUUAUCAAGUAUUUAAGAUGGUAAUUUUCUUGGUUGUGAACAGGAAUAGAUAUAUGAAUAUAAAUCUGAUACGACAGGUGUAUCCAGGGUUUUAAAAGAGAGGGGUUCUAAGAGUUUUGUGUUACAAUGGUCAGUUUGAGUAAGGCCUCUGUUAUUCAAGGUCGAUUGUUUCCUGAUAUUGUCCCUAGUUCCCAUCUGGUCACGCCAUUAAACAGUGAAAAAGCAACAAAUCUUUAAGCAGUUGCUACACUGAGGCUAAUCUAUGGGUAUUUUGAAAGUUACACGCUUUGGUCAAGGUACCACAAUAAACUAUAUGGUAUUUGUAUUGAAGUCAAAAGUGUUUGUGUAAAUAAUAUAUGAUUUCACAAAAAUUUUAAUGUUUACUUUUUAAACAACCAUUAUUAUAGCAUAUAGGAAUUGAAUCUUAAAACCCAUCACAUUUUCACAUUAUUAUUGCAUAUAGGAAUUGAAUCUUAAAACCCAUCACAUUUUCACAUUAUUAUGGCAUAUAGGAAUUGAAUCUUUAAACCCAUCACAUUUUCACAUUAUUAUUGCAUAUAGGAAUUGAAUCUUAAAACCCAUCACAUUUUCACAUUAUUAUGGCAUAUAGGAAUUGAAUCUUAAAACCCAUCACAUUUUCACAUUAUUAUUGCAUAUAGGAAUUGAAUCUUAAAACCCAUCACAUUUUCACAUUAUUAUGGCAUAUAGGAAUUGAAUCUUUAAACCCAUCACAUUUUCACAUUAUUUUCAUGCCACCACAUCGUCAACCAACGUAUACACCUAUAACAAACUGAGAUCUUUCAGUGAUAUAAAAUGCAGAUUUUUAUUUUCGUUAGCAAAUGUUUAUUUAGUAUUGCCUAACUAAUGGUAGUGUUAACAUUCUACAUUAUACCUUUAAUUCUAAAUUACAAAACGUUUUCAAGUG